CUGAGCGAACAGCGCUGGGUGGACAUUUAAAAAGAAAAAAGAAGGAAAUAGUGUUGGAGAAGCACUUCCGGAUAACUUCCGUGUUAUCGCAUUUGAAACUUCUAUAUUUUGAAACGGCUUCUGUAAAAAAAUAAGUUAGCAACACAUCUUGGCAAUAUUACCGCAAGCUUCCGUUUAUUUAAGGAGAGAUGACGAGGAGACACGAAUAGCUUGGCUAACGUAUUCCAACUCAGACUAGCUCACCUGGCUCUUAUUGCUACCUGCUGAUCCGGUUUACCAACAUGGUUAGAGAUGGAGAGGCUAAUAACCAAGCUCUCAGAAAAGCAUGUCCUAUUCGCGGCCUCCUUCCUCAUACGGCUGGCUUUGGUCGCUUAUGGGGACUACCAGGAUAAAACCAUGGUUGUGAAGUACACGGAUAUUGACUACCAUGUGUUCACAGAUGCAGCAAGGUUCAUUACUCAGGGUGAGUCUCCAUACAACAGGUCCACAUACCGCUACACUCCUCUUCUGGCCUGGCUCUUGACACCCAACAUCCACCUCAGCCCGGCGUUUGGCAAGAUCCUCUUCAUUGUGUGUGAUGUGCUGUCGGGGCUGCUCAUCUACAGAAUCCUCUGCCUGCGAGGUCUCGGCUCCGAGACUGCACGCCGCGUCUCUCUGUGGCUUCUCAACCCUCUGCCGAUGGGAGUAUCCAGCCGAGGGAAUGCAGAGUCAAUCCUUUCAGCCCUGGUGCUGGGAACAUUACUCUGCAUGGAAGGCCGGCGUCUGAUGUGUGCAGCAGCACUCUAUGGCUUGUCGGUUCAUAUGAAGAUCUACCCUAUUACAUACGCUCUACCCAUUGCUCUGAGUCUGCGCACGAUACCGACUAGGGCGGAGAAAGACAAGGAGAGUCGGAUGUGGAAGAAGUUCAUCGUUUUUAUUGGAAGUUUCAUCAACCGAGAGCUGCUCCUCUUUGCGACUGUGGCUGGAGGAGUUUUCUGUACGCUCACAGGACUCUUCUAUCACAUGUACGACUGGCAGUUUCUUCAUGAAACCUACUUGUACCAUCUGACCAGAAGGGACAUCAGACACAACUUCUCUCCAUAUUUCUACAUGCUCUACCUUACUGCAGACAGCAGGUGGAGCCCUGGGCUCGGGCUGGCAGCAUUCCUGCCUCAGCUCAUCCUGUUGAUGGUGGCGUCGUGGGCCUUUCACCGUGACCUGGCCUUCGCCUGUUUCCUCCAAACAGCCAUAUUUGUCUCCUUCAACAAAGUCUGCACUUCACAGUACUUCUUGUGGUACCUGUGCCUCCUUCCUCUGGUCAUCCCUCACCUGAGUCUGUCAGUGAAACAGGGGUUGGGGUUGCUGCUCCUCUGGUUUGCUGGACAGGGCGUCUGGUUGGGUCCAGCCUACUUCCUGGAGUUUGAAGGCUACGACACCUUCUUGUUGAUCUGGCUCGCUGGAUUGCUUUUCUUGGUCAUCAACUGCUUCAUCUUGAUUCAGAUUAUAGCUCAUUACAAACCAUCGCAGAGACCAAAGGCUGAAUAACUCUAAAGUCAAGUAGUUGGCCUUUUUUUUGCCUUUGAUAGUUAUUAGUGGAGAGAGACAGGAAGCAAUGGGAAAACAUGCAGAAAAAGGUGCAGCCUGGAACUGAAGGAUGUUCCUGCAAACUCUGCACUGUGGAUACCACGGGUGUGGAUGUGCAUACUGUUACAUUUCAGUCCCGAGCCUUCCUUUCAUGUGUAACCUAAAUUAUUUGACCAAAGAAUGGUCAUACGGUGCCAUGGUAAAUCGUGGCGUGCCAUUGCAAAACCCUUAAAUCCGCGCUGACUGACACUGGGCAGGAAGCCCACAGAGCGCUGCUUCCCUUAGAGUGAAAAAUUUAACCAAGUCACACGACCAAGCAGAUGUUUCCAAUUAACUGUCAAGUUCAAAAUACCUGCUGUAGAUCAGAGAUCACACGAAGUUCCCCCACAGUCUGAACAAACAACUCCGUGCCCAAGUAUUUAACACACCCUUCAGGUUGUUUUCGUUUUUCAUUUUCUCCUCAUGUUCAUGGGAAGCACUUUGGCCUUGUUUGGCAUAUCCAGAUUGUGUCCAGAUUUUGUUUAAGAACGUCUGGACGGGAGAAAAAAAAAAAAAACACACACACACAAGUAAUGGGUUUUUUUGCAAAUUGGUUCAGAUGUGGUGGGAAAUGUGAUUCUAAUUGAUUUUCUAUAGAUCUGAUUCAGUCUGGACGCUUGGCAGUAUGGCACUAUGGGGACGAAAAAACCAAGUGAUGGGGGUGAGCUGAGAAGAACCAGUACUGCAACUAUCAAAGUAGGGGAAAACAUUGAGGAGUCAGUGGUCAUCCAUUUGGCAGCUUUUCGGGGCAGGCUGUGUUGCCAUGUAGUUACAACACCCACGUCAUUACCACCUAUCAUUAUCACGCAGAUAUCUGUACACAAAUAUCUGUAUAUAUCUGAUCACUUGCAAAUACCAGCUAAUACAGUCUGAAUAUCUCUAGAACAAAGACUGAGGGAGAAAUAAUUGUGGUGUUGUUGUGUGAAGCUAAGAAUCACGCAGCCACACACUGUCUCACUUUCAUGUUGACAUUAAUGUUGGCCCUCAGUUCCAGCACCUGUGGCAGGGAUUUGUAUACACCGCGAAGAUGGGACAUUACAAAGUUAAAACUGGAGAUGCUUUCUUGGUUUGUAGGAACAUGGAAAAAUCUGUCAAAUAUGUGUACACAACUCUUGAAUAAAUUGAAUGGAAAUGGAAA